AUGCCUCUGAAAAAAUUUCCAGAGUUGUCACCUAUAAUAGAUUUAAAUCGACAAUUUCUAUUUAUAAAAUUAAAUGUUGAGUUAACACCUUCAUUUAAAGUGCUAAAUACUUUUUCUACUGUAAUUAUUGGUGCAUUCUCUCUUGCAAAUAUUGUUCCGGAUUUGCAGGCCUUUGCGAUUACAGUUGGGACUGGUACAAAGAUUCUUGGAACAAUUGAUCUUGUUCCACCGAUCGAUUCUGCCUCACAAGCUGGUGAAAUUUCAGAUUAUGUUGAAGGCCAUAUUCAGACAUCUGUUGCUAUUGUUGGUGCUUCUGGUUCAGGAAAGAGUAUGUAA